GGCAGUCAAAGUGAAAUGAACAUUUGGAAGGGAAAAUUGUUGACGGAUGUGCCAUUCGGGCAUGUUCUCAUAGUGAGCGGCAAAGUGAAACCGAAUCCGAAUAAAAUUUGCUUGAACUUAACCGAUAAUAUUAGGGGUCAAAAUGAGAGUGAAACAGUUUACUUGAAAAUUGAGGCGAAUUUUAGAGAAAAUCAAAUAAUAAGAAGCAUGUUUAUGCCCGGCGAAGGUUGGCAGCAGGAGGAGAUAUCGAAGAAUUGGAAAUCUGAUGGACCGAAAAAUCCAUUGGUGCCAGGUCAAACAUUCACAUUUCGUAUUGCUGUUCUGCAAAAAUGCUUCGAAAUUUACAUAAAUGAUAAUCUUUAUGGAGCCUUCGAAUUUUUAAAAUUUCCCAAGCCGAUCAAUUUCGUAAUGGUUUAUGGUGACUUUGAGAAAAUCACACAAUUCCAUCAGCGCAUGCUAUUUCCGUUGGUGUUUCCGAGAAGUUUGAUUUGCCCGGAGAAAAUUGCAUUUCAAAGUGAUGUACCGAAGAAAUACGAAGUUGGUACCGUUGUCGCUAUGGAGUGCAUUGCCAAAGGACCACCGACCACAGCCUUUUCCAUUUGUUUCCAGNUGGAAUACCAUUGCGAUUCGCCAUUGUUGGCGCGUGUCGAAAAACUGUCACUCAUUUAA